CCAUGUCCACCUCUGCUGUUCCUUCUGAAGGGAGUCUUCUGAUGUGGUUAUUACUGCAGGCUGUGGAUGAAGUGAAUACAAGCGGAAGGGAGUCCGCGGCGAGCAAAGAAAACAGUCGGAGAGAGAGGGAGAAGAGGCAGAGGGCUGGGCCACGCAGAAAAAGGGACCACUCAGAGACGAGACCCAGCAGCGAGGGCAGAGCUCUCCAGCACCGCGUGGACAGCGGGAGGAGAGCCUAGGGGGGCGCGGAGGCUGAGCGCCCAGCACUUGGACCCUAGAUUGCAGGAGGCGCUCGGGGUCGCCCAGGCUUGGGACUUUGAGCGCUCGUUUCACGCACCUCGGGGUCCUGCUCAAGGCCGCCCGCGAUGAGCGAGAGCAGCCGCCUGUGCUCGGGCUACUACAGCCUCAACCGCAGCUUCGUGGAGUCCUUCCAGUGCCCGCGGCGUGGCGACGGGGCCGCACUGCUCUACUGCUGUGGCUUCGCAGACCUCAAGUACUGCUGCAGCGAGCCGGGCAGCUACUUCCCCUACAAGCACAGCUACAUGUGGAGCCUCAGGUGGGCAGGGCAGAUACAAGCACAGUAUCAAGCCACAGAACGACAACCGACUUCUUCCUUUGUCAGCUCAAGUGCUGGCAACUUAAAUAGGAAAAGCAAAGGCCUCGUUUCCAAUGCAGCAUCAAAUUCAACAAAUGAGACAUUCUAUGAAGCUGAUGAUGUUACUCAAGAAAAAACAAUGGAUACAACACAAAUCAAUGUUUCCUAUUAGCUAAAAUCCUUGUUUUAAAAGCUUAUUGGAGAAAAGGAGCAUUAAGAAUAAAGAAUGCAAAAAAAAAAAAAAAC